GUGAAGACGGACAUUUCACUUACUCUCCAUCUCUGCUUUGUUGGUACCUUUUUAAACAUUUUUCUAUUGUCUCUCUGCUCUCAUUUUUGUCUGGACAACUGGUACAGGUCAACCAAGCAUGUCAGCCUCCCCAACCUCCUCCAAUGGUUUUGAGGUCCUUUUCUCUGCUCUACAGAGUACAGCAGAUGUUCAGAGCACCGUGAAUGUUCUAAACAUCUUGGAUGAACUUCUUUCAGCAGGUACUGAUCGUCGUAUUCACUACAUGAUCAGGAAAGGUGGAAGCGAGGCCCUGCUUAAUGCACUCGUCAACAAUUACAGUGGGCACUGCGCUCACUGUAACUACACGAUUCUAUUGCCAAUUCUAUACCUACUGGCCAAAGUUGGACACAAAGACCGCAGUAUAGGUAAGAAAGCUGAGGAGGCUGGAGCUGUUCUGCUGACGUUAAACCUGCUCAAGAACAACAUCCAACAUGCCAAGAGGGCUGCAGCAUGCCUCUUAGUCAUCCAAGUGUUUGCUCAAUCAGUUUCCACAGCAACUCUAAUCGGCUCCAACCAAGGGCAGGAUGUCAUUUACCGCCUUAUGCCUCGUUAUACCACCAAGAAUCUGCAAACAAUCAAGGCAUCCAUUAAUGCAUUUGCUGCUCUGCUUUGCUCAAAUACAAACAUCUCCUCAGCAGUAUCCAAAGGUUACGUCUCUGGCCUCUUGCAGCUGUAUGAGGAUUGGCACAGCAAGGAUACUAAACAUUCGGCCAUUGAGAUCCGCUACGCACUAUUGUGUUGUCUUCAUAGAAUCACACGUCGUGCUUUGGGCAGACACACUUUUGUGUCGCAAGGGGGUCUCAGACUUCUUUAUCAUACAACUCAGACGUGUAUGUUGAAUAAAUGUCUGACGUCAUUGGUGGAGCCCUCUGUUCAGCUGAUGAGGAAGUGCCUGCCAAAGACGCCUUUACCACUGACCUCAGAUCAUUCAGCAUACAGCUUCCCCCUGCCUGCAAGACAGGGGGAAGCUGCUUGUAAUGUGGUUAAAGCAUCAGAUGGCGGCAACUGGGACUUUCUUGAGGAGGAGGAGGAAGACGAUGAAGAAUGCCAAGAGGCUGCCGCCAUAGACUAUGAUGAUGACUUGGAGACUGAUCUGAACAAACUUUGUCUUUGCCCUGACCCAGACAGACCCAAAGAAGUACUGCAUCAGUACAGCCGUCUCUGUCCUGAGCUCUCUCAUGACUUCCAGGAGCUGGAUUUGAGUUCACAGAGGAGUUCUCCCUCAUCUUCUUCUUCUUCUUCCAAUGAUGACACUGCGCUAUGCGACAAUUUAGCUUGUCACAAUGGGGAAAGACGCUGGAGUACUGAAGUUUUGUUACAGGCCAAAAAAGAUCCACCAAAUCAAACCAAAUCAGAUGCUGCCAUUUUAAAGGCCAAAGAUUUCAACAGUCAUAAUGGCCUCCUUAAAACGAGCUCUGUAGUCGGAAGCAAAGUCAUGCAGACAAGUGAGGAAGCAAAGUCUGGUCCAGCAAAUGAUGGCUGUAAUGACAACAAAGAGGAAAACAACAACUCUUACGAUUUCACAACGAUAGACAAGUUAAUUGAAAGACAAGGCGUUUUCAUCCCAUACCAUGAACCCACCAUGUACCAUGCUGCAGCCGUCAAAACCAAAUCUAUUCCGGGAUUUGACAUCCUGGCUUUCCCUGAUUUUUGGGGUCAUGUCCCGAAACCAGCAAAUGAACCCAUGGCCUCACGCAAGCCGGGCGUUCAAAGGCAGAAAGUGAUUGAAGAUAUCCAGCGUUUCAUGAAUACAGAUGACAUCAUCAACCAAGUUGUCUUUGACAUGGAGGAUGACAGAUCACCUGACAUGCCAGAUUCUUUGAGAUUUUUUUCAAGGUUCGAAUGUGGAAACCUCAGAAAGGCCAUUCAGGUUCGCAGAUAUGAAUAUGACCAUUUGAAUGCAGAUGCCAACUGUAGCCAGCACACUCAGUGGUUCUACUUUGAAGUCAGUAACAUGGUGCCUGGUGUUCCCUAUCGUUUUAACAUCAUCAACUGUGAGAAGAGCAACAGCCAAUUCAAUUAUGGAAUGCAGCCAGUUCUUUACUCUGUAAGGGAUGCACUAAAUGGUCAACCCUGCUGGCUCAGGUCUGGGACUGACAUAUGUUAUUUCAGAAACCACUUUUGUCCAGCUCGUGGCAGUCGGAGAACAACAUUUUAUACACUGACGUUCACCAUAACCUUCAAACACAAUGAAGAUGUGUGUUACCUGGCCUACCAUUACCCCUACACAUACACUGCUCUAAUGGCUCAUCUGAAGUUGCUGCAUCGGUCAGUUGAUCCCACUAAGAUAUAUUUCCAGCAGCAGAUUCUCUGUGCCACUCUCGCUGGAAAUCCCUGUCCAAUAGUCACCAUUACUGGCUGUCCUCCAAGCAAGGACUAUAAAGAUAUUCAUCAGCUACGUAAUCGGCCCUGUAUUGUGCUGACAAGUCGCGUACAUCCUGGUGAGCCCAACGCUAGCUGGGUAAUGAAGGGCACCCUGGAGUUUCUAUGCAGUAGAGAUCCAGUAGCCACGGCACUGAGAGAAACCUUCGUCUUCAAGAUCGUCCCCAUAUUAAAUCCAGAUGGAGUCAUUAAUGGAAUGCAUCGUUGUGAUCUGAACAAAGAAGACUUGAAUCGCCAAUGGAGCAAACCAGACCGUCUUCUCUGUCCAACAAUCUACCAUACCAAAGGCUUCCUUUACUACCUCAACACUAUUGGACGAACCCCCCUAGUCUUCUGUGACUAUCAUGGCCACUCUCGAAAAAAGAAUGUAUUUUUGUAUGGCUGCAGCGUGAAGGAAACUCUCUGGCAGUCAAGUUCUGCUGUGGACACGGCGGGACUGAAAGAGGACCCUGGAUAUCGGGCUAUUGCAAAGGCCUUAGAUCGUGUUGCACCAGCAUUUUCUUUCAACAGCUGCAACUACAUGGUGGAGAAGUCGCGUUCAUCCACUGCCAGAGUUGUUGUCUGGAGAGAAAUUGGCGUGCUGAGAAGUUACACCAUGGAAAGCACCUACAAUGGUUUUGACCAGGGAAUAUACAAGGGUCUGCAUAUGGGAAUCCGAGAGCUGGAAGAAAUGGGAAUGAAGUUUUGCCACAGUCUGCUGUCCGUGACUAAAGAUACAAAGGAACUUUAUGACACGAGUCUGGUCAGUUACAUGAACCUGGACCACAACAUCCAGGACCAUAAGUCACACAACAUUUUUGAAGACGACGAGCCUCCAUGUGCUGAAGAAAUUGAAUAUUCCACCGAGUGUCCUGGCCUUCGUGGCCGUGAUUUAGAAUCCGAUGUAAACAAAUGCAUGGCCUGCACAGGUGAAGAGGAGGGUAAACAAAUGCAUGGCCUGCACAGGUGAAGAGGAGGGUGUUGCUCACCUUGACGGCAGUUAAGUGCUGCACAUGAACACACUUCAGAAACAACAUCAACUUUUCUUUGGCCUUGAACGCUGAUAUUUUCAAACACACGUAGUUUUUUCACACUGUUAAAAAUGAAAUAAUGCGGUCCAAACAGGACCAGAUGAAAACCAAACACGCGUUCAUAUAUGCGUGCAAGUGGGCUCUAUUGCGGCUCAAAACACCAAAUAAUAACUCACCAAGUGCGAAUAAAACCAGGCGACGGUUACCAUAACCCAGUGGAAAGCUGAGAUAAAAUCACAAAGAAAUAAUAGUUCAUUGUAAGCCCAGAAGUGUGAAUACAUGAAUUUUGCUUUCAGAGUAAUCUGCGUUUGGACAAGAUUAUUGCAAUAUUUUUUUUGUGGUUAAUCACAUUCGUUAACAUGCUAAUUUUGACAGGCCUAAAUUGAAAAAAAAAAAAAAAAAGUUUAAAUUAGUGCUUUCAAGUAAUUUCUUAUAUCUUUAAUAAGGUGAAUCAUACUUUAGAAUUUUGAUAAAUCACUAUCACUCACAGUUGACAACAUGUUUGCCGUUCGCUGCUUUUUGUCAACGUACUAGUAGCAUUCUUGCUAACGGCUGCAUAAAAAAAGAGUUUUGCUUUGAAUUUAACCUGUGUUUACCAGUUUUGGGUUAGUUUCUGAAAACCAGUAACUAGUUACGGUUACUAGUUAAUUUAUUUCAAAAGUAACUCAGUUACUAACUCAGUUACUUACACCAAAAAGUAAUGCGUUUCUGUGAAAAGUAACUAUUUAGUUACUUAUAUUCUUUUCUGUAAUUUUUUUUAAGGCCCCCUUUAAUGCCCCUUUAGGCUUCAUUUCAGUACUGUUAUUGCACUGGAGAAUAAUACAAUGUGUUGAUCAACUUGACAUGCAUUUGCACCACUGAACUCUGCUAAGCCAUGUGGUCUACAUACAACACACAAAGACAAAGAUAUGUUUCAAAGGGCCAAUUUGUUUCAGGCCAGAACAAAUUGACAUAACUAUUUUAAAUAGCUGCAACAUAACAUACAUAAGUAACAAACAGCAUAAUAACAACAUAGCUGUAAAGCAAGGAAGGCACACACUACAUACACAAAGCCUAACCAGGCGUUUUUUUUCUCUCAAAGAAUUCUGAAAUAAAAUCAUGUCUGAAGCCCAGAACACUCUACACAUUUCCCCAGUUUUAGUUUAGAGAUAAGGAAAGAUUGGCCUGGCCCACUAGGAUCCCUCUAUAAAGUUCACAAACGGACUUUAUAGUCUAUACAUUUAGUGUGAUAAUCAAACACUCUAGAAGUCUAGAAUGAAAGAGUAUAUAAGAGAAUUGACAGAGUGUGUGUACCUUCAGUGCUGAAUGAUGAGCAGAGGCAGAUGCCUCGUUAAAAUCCAGCCGCUGUUGCUUAGGAGGUGACGUGUGUCUCUCUUUACUAGCUUCGUCGAAGCAUGUUGCUUUUGUAGCUGUUUCAGCAGAUUUGAAUUGCUAGGAUAGGAUCUUUGAUCCAAGACACAACUUACAUUUAACUGAAAUGUUAUUUUCUUUGUGGUCGACAAAAGAAAAGUAGUGAGAAUAUCUCCAUGUUAAGAAACUCGACUUCUGGCUCUGCCAUGAUGUAAACACAGACACGCCCCCUCCCACACACACACAUACACAGCGCGACUCUCUUUUCCGGUCACCUCUUCUGCAGCGCUCCAAUAAAACACACUCAGAUCUUCUCAGUUUCUAGCUGAUACUACAUAAAAAAUAACGUAAAAUAACGCAGUAACGCAUCAUGUAGUAACGGUAACUGAGUUACUGGAUAUAAAAAAUAACGCGUUAGACUACUAUUUACCGCCAAAAGUAACGGCGUUACAGUACUUUGUAACGCGUUAGUCCCAACACUGGUGUUUACACAUGACUAUUGCAAUACUUUUUCUGACUAAUCGCAUGUGUCAUGUUAACUUUGAAGGCCCCAAUUUUUUUUGUUGAAUAAGGAUUACAUUUCGUGCUUGACAAACCGAUUCAUUUCUUAAAUCAAAUGAAUAACACUUUUGAAUUUAGAUUAAAGCGGUUGCCACGGGUAUACUGCACCAAAGUUGUUUGUUGUCCACUGUCGGCCCAAAACACCAAAUAUGCUGUCACCAAAUGCGAUUAAAACCAGGCAAUGUUACCAAACCCCAGUGGAAAGCAAAGCUAAAACCACAAACAAAUAAUAGUUAAUUCUAAACCCAGAAGUGUGAAUAAGUUAAUUUUGCUUUUAGAUUAAUCUGACUUUUCAUUUUUAGUGACACGUCAACACAUGAACAUCAACCUGUUGACAAAAAUAGACAAGAAAAAUAUUAGUGUUCAUGCAGCUUUAGAAUCCUAUUUGUUUUCAGGGGAGAAUCCGAUGGCAAACAAUAUAAAAAAAAAUGUAAAAGUGUCCCUAAUUUUUGCAUAAAAUGCAGUGGUAUUGUUUUUUUUACAUGAAUUAUUUAUUUAAAUACUUUGUUAAUGUCAUACUGUGUGUCUGUAACGAUACAAUCUGGACAAAUA